AUGCUGCCCACACCUGCCAGCCCUCCUGCAACAUGUGCCAGCUACACCUGCCAGCCCUCCCGCAACAUGUGCCUGCCCACACCUGAGAGCCCUCCUGCAACAUGUGCCGCCGACACCUGCCAGCCCUCCCGCAACAUGUGCCAGCCACACCCCAGCCCCUCCCAACAUGUGCCGCCCACACCUGAGAGCCCUCCCUGCAACAUGUGCCCACACCUGCCAGCCCUCCCGCAACAUGUGCCAGCUACAUCUGCCAGCCUCCUGCAACAUGCCGUCCACACAUGCCAGCCCUACUGCAACAUGUGCUGCCCACACCUGAGAGCCCUCCUGUAA